UGUCGCACGGCGCCGCGGCGAUAGCCGAAUUUUAUUUAUAAAAUCAUUCGUUGUCUAUUAAUAAACCCUACUCAUUAGUUUUAGAACAUCAUUUGGAUACAUCUGAGGCGCUUGAAGACGCAGUGUUUAUACCGUAAACCGCGUAUCAAAUGCGUCACAAAAACAAGAUGUUCCGUACCAAAAUAAAGUAUUUUCUCAUAAAAUAGUGAUUAAAAAUCAGGGUUCUUCCUAGAUUUUAGUGUUGGAAUAUAUUACGUGUCGUGUGUGUUAUCACCAAAUCACAGCGGAGUCGAAUUUCGAUGUGCGGACAGUUCUAUUGAUAAGAUUAUCAAGUAGUGUUUUCGUGCUGAUUAUGAGUUCGGAAGGUGUUAAACUGGUUGCAAAAGAGUGUUAAUAGAGUCGAAUAAUUUGUGUUGACUGAUUGGUUAGAUGGUGAUUGUGGUGGUGUGGUGUGAAGUUGUUUGUCAAUAGUUCAAAAUGCCUGGGAAAAUAAAGGUAAAAGUGUUGGCGGGAAGGAAUCUCCCUGUGAUGGACCGUGCUGGGGACACCACGGAUGCCUUCGUGGAGAUAAAGUUCGGAGGCGUCACGCACAAGACCGACGUGUGCAGGAAGUCUCUGAACCCGCAGUGGAAUAGCACAGAGUGGUACAGAUUUGAGGUAGACGAAUCAGAGCUGCAAGAUGAGCCACUACAACUCAGGCUCAUGGACCACGACACCUACUCAGCGAACGAUGCUAUUGGCAAAGUCGUCAUCAGUCUAGCACCACUGCUGGCCAGGGAAGCCAACAAUGCGAAGGCCGCUGCUCCUCAUGGUGGCGCGGUGAUGUCAGGCUGGAUACCGGUGUUCGACACGAUGCACGGCAUCCGAGGCGAACUGAACGUCAUCGUGAAGGUCGAACUGUUCUCGGACUUCAACAAGUACAAGACUUCCAGCUGUGGAGUCCAGUUCUUUCACUGCCCCAUGAUCCCGCCUGGCUACAGGGCAACUUCCAUCCACGGCUUCGUCGAGGAGUUGGUGGUGAACGAUGACCCAGAGUACCAGUGGAUCGACAAGAUACGCACGCCGCGUGCGUCCAACGAGGCUAGGCAGGUCGCGUUUAUUAAGCUCAGCAACCAGGUGCAACGCCUAGUGGGCUUGAAGGCAGCCGAGCUGGGCGCGAAUGCUGUGGUGGGCUACCAACAAGACUUCGACUUAGAGGGCGAGGCAGGAGUCGUGGCCAGAGCUAUUGGAACCGCAGUCAGUAUCACGCCAGUCCCGAGCGCGAGCCAGGCAACGAGUGGGCCUCCUUGCACACAGCAACAGCUAAGAAAGUGUUUGGACAUUUUGGCGACCAACGACGAAAGUAUCACAGACCUCAAUCAGUACUAUCAAAGUCACCAAGAAGAAUUGCAGAAGCUACUGACUAUACUGAACCCUAAAGGAUCCUCCCUUCUAGAUGAAACGGACAACGUAGAAGAUGACGAUAAAAGCAUCCUCACGAGGCAAUCCAGCAUCAAAAGCUAUGCUGGCUCCGUCUCCAUAUAUCAAGACGAUUACGUAUCCCAAAAAAGUCUCAUGCACAUCGCAGAAGAUCAAUCCGAAUUAAAUAGACUACUGAAUCGCGUCGAAGAUGACUCAGACUCGCCAGGACCGCUGAAGAAAAUAAAAAAGUUCAAAACCAGCUUCUUCCUCAAAAGACUCAAUAGCAUGCGCUCAUCGAGAAAAUCAGAAAAACAAGAUGACGCGAUUUCAAUAAAGUCAAACUCGUCUGAUACGUCUCGUAUAUCCCUAGUUGAUAUAAAGAAUGAAAUAAAAAAGUUCAAAAGAAUCAAGAAGCCCAAGUUUCGAAAGACUUUUGCUAAUCCUGAAGAUCAAGGCGUAGGAAUGGCAUCGAUUCUCGCCAGAUCAGUCAUGCACGCACACACAAGCCUUGCAUGCAUUGCUGAAACUCAAGAUUCUGAACAUUCACCAAACUCGACUUUACGCCGAACUAGUGAAUCAGAACCAACUAUUAACGUCGAUGAAGUAAAACCCAAAGUUAUUGUAGCAACAUCUUCAGAUGCAAGUGUAGAUGAAACGUGUACUAAGGAUGUCCCAGAAAUACAUUUUUCUUCUCUAAAAAAUAUAAGUUCCGAAGAAAUUGUGAUACCGGAGCGUCAUAGAAAACUGUCAGAGUCUUGUCCCAACACACCAGUGGCUGGCAGAAGUGACAAUCUUCUGAAACUCCCUGGUGAAGCGGGUUAUUUUGGCUCGGUAUCUUCUGCCCUAUCUGGCGAUAGUUCAGAAAUAUACACCAGCUCUGACGAAGACUACGAAAGCUCUGAUCAGAGAACUGAUACAGAGAAAUCAUUUGAAACGACGAGUUCUGUGGUUCGCUACGUGAUGAAUCAUAUAGUCGACCCAACGCUCGUAGCUCACGUGGAUAAAAAAUUGAGCGUCCUCGAAGUAUCAAGCCACGAUAAUUUGAAUAAACAAAUUGACCAGACUGAUCUUAAUGAAGUUACGCCACCGCCACCGCCGCCGCCAACUAUAAAUGUACCAGCUAAAGAAGUUGACAUUGACAAUAAUAAGAAUGAGAAAAUAGAAGAAAACAUUAGCAAACACCAGGCGUAUGCGUCCACGUCCAGUGAAACGGAUCACAACACGUUUGUAGUCCCAAAAUCAAAUAACCACCAGUUUAAAUUCCACAACCCUUUUGCACACCAUAAAAAGUCCAACAGUAUUAGCGCACCAUGUUCGCCGGUAGAAAACAAAAGCUUUGUAUAUCGCUCCUCCAAGCGCAUCAAACGACAGCUUUCGAAGCUCUCCAAAAACAGCAUGAUAAAAAGCCUUUCGCAUUACUCCUUAAUCCCUAAGAAAAAAGUUGAAACCAAAACCCCUAUGAGCCAGCCUGGGUCGUCUUCUGACGUUACUUCUAAAGCUCCCAGUGAGACCGUUUUAGGCUCUCCCUUUCUUUCAUACGCAGAUUUGCUUAGCUUAGACAAGGAGUAUACAGAAAAGAAUAAAUUGCACAAAAGCAAUGAUGAAUUCGAACGCGCAAAAUUUUCAAUGUACAUAGGCUCAGAGCCUGUAUCGAGAGCGUCAUUAAGUGGUACAUUAUUCCCGGAGCAUGCUAGGGACUCAUCCCUCUCAAGGCGUCAUAGUGAAUUCUUGCACAAGAAAGACAAAUCUGCUAUCAAACCCACUGGUCUAGUUCACACUGCAAUGGAAACCAUACUCAUUGAUAAAGUGCAAUCAUUGCUUCUACCGACGUCUCCUGAACCCUCUGAUGUUAACAGGCAAUUCUUUGAUGACGUCAAUGAAAAGUUGGAGAAAGUCGAAGAAGCAAGAAAUAGUACUACAGAAACAACGGGAUUGGUCCAUACUGCUAUGGAAACUAUACUAAUGGAUAAAGUCAAGUCCUUGCUGACGCCUACUACACCCGAGUGUAGUCCAACUAAUAAAAACUUUGAUGACGCCAUUAAGAGAAGCCACAUUUUGAACACCCCAGACGAAUCGAGUAAUGAUGAUCAAAAAUCAUACACUAGUGAGACGACAUAUCACAAGGAAAAGAAGAAAGAGAAAGAAUCUUCUGGUUUAGUGCAUACUGCAAUGGAAACUAUCCUGAUGGAUAAAGUUCAGUCGCUAUUUACUUCUCCAAUACCUUUUAAUGCUCCUGCAGAACAUUCAACUGAGAGUAAAGAUAAAAGAUACGAACCAGAAAAAGCUAAAAAAGAGCCUGAAACUGGUGGUCUCAUAAACACUGCUGUCAAAACUAUACUUAUGGAGAAAGUGCAAUCAUUGAUAGACCCCACGGUUGUAGACAUUGACAGUUCUAAACUAGCAGUAGUAGAGGACGCCCCUAAACCUGAACCCACUAGCUUAACUUCUUCAGCUAUGGAAUCAAUCCUUGUAGAUAAAGUCCAGUCCAUGUUUCACCCUUCGAAAAAAGAUGAUCACGAUCGUAAGUCGGACCAUCCAACAGGCUUAAUCCAUACGGCAAUGGAGACAAUGCUCAUCGACAAAGUUCAGUCGCUUCUUCCUGAUACUGAAUCCACAGAUGAUAAUGCUAAGCCAAAGCUAGAAUCAUCAGGUUCCAAGGACAAACGUUUAGUCAGGCAAGACAGCGUUGAUUCAGACGCCGAGUCGCUCAAAAUGUCCAACGAAGACCCAAAACGAAAACAGCCGGUCCUUCAACACUUCCAUCCUAUACUUAGCGGUGCACCAUUAGAGACCAUACCGUCACUGCCUGAGAGUUUCGACCGUACCGAGAGCUUAGACGUAGACGGCGUAGAGAGAGAUAAGUGUGACACUAACAGCGCUAGUGUGUGUGGUAACUCGCAUGCAGCGUGCGGUGUCGGCAGGUGCGAGCGAGAGCGGGACAGGAGCGAGCGAGACAAGGGAUCGCCGCGUCACGCGCGCCACGAGUCGUACGGUGGUCGUGAGCCGGCGCCGCCCACUCACACUCAAAACGCGUCGCUGAAUUCGUCGUCGACGCCGCUCGGGAUACAUCGGAGGUCGUCGGAUUCUGAUCUCAGUGUUACGCCAAAAGGAAGCUCUCUAAACACGUCGGCGGUGAACACGGGUAGCGGCGGCGGCGCCAUCUUGCGGCCGUCCAUGAACAGCAACAAUCUGGAGAUGCUUGAAUACCCCUUCCUCACCAUGAGCCAGUACCCGCCUGGAUUUAUAGUUCACAUCGGUGGCACAGUAUGCGCCCGCUCCGUCAAACUUGUGGACGGCGGCGGGGAGAGCGCGGCCCGAGCGGCGUGGUGGGCCGAACUACGCACUGAGUUGCGAGCGCACGCCCGAGCGCUACGCUGCAACGCAGUCAUCGCCUACGCCGACACCGCCGCCAUCUGCGAAGAUGUAUGCGUGUUAUCAGCGUCGGGCACGGCAGCUGUGAUUAAUCUUGAUUGUGACAUGAACGCAGAGUUGGACGCUGCUAUGUCAGUGGCCAAUGGUACAUCCAAAGCAACAAUAGAAGAAGUAGAAAGCGAGUGUUCCGCAGCGCACGUGCCCUACUCGCCGGGAGCCGGGCCCUACCGCGCGGAGCUAUCCACAUGCGGCGGCUGCAGACGAGCGCGAGUUCCCGCGGUGCUGUUAUCUACUUGCUCUAAACCCAGCAGACUUGCGUCCUACUCUAAAGCGGUUACUUUGACUGCCGUCGCCGCGCGCACGCGCCGUGCGCCGCCGGCCGGCGAGCCGGGCGCAAGAGACAUAUCUGACCAGCUGCCCUUCUUGGAGUACGAGCUGCAUAAACUGCUGCUGGCCAAGCUGAGGAUGCAGGGUGCGAACGCGCUAUUCAACCUCCAAACACAAAUCGCGAUCGGCGAGCGCUGCGUCAUGGCACUCGCUAGCGGAACCGCAGUCCGACUUACGGCGCUGCCGCCACCAGCGCCGCCUAGGAUCAAGGCAUCUGAAAAUGACAAGGAAGCGUUAGAAAUACAAAAAGCAUUGUGGGACUCGUUCACAGCCAACAAAACAGCAAAUGGAUUCGAUACGGGCGGUCCAGAACACAGCACGAACGGUGCACUACCGGAGAUCGAGGGUGAGGAGCCGCCCGCGUUAGACCUAUGUGCGGACAAAGACGCUUGCGUGUUGGAGCUUGAUGAGGCUGAGGACGUGGAGACAGCUCGUGGGUUGGCUCGGCGCGGUCUUCAUACGCGAAUGCAAGUGUUCACAGACGCGCUCACGGCGAAACGCGACGCGCCGCCGUAUGCCUUCGUGCAGGCGUGGCGAGGCAAGGUGCAGGGCGGGGGCCUGACGGUAGGCGGCGUUCGCGGCGCCGGCGAGCGGCAAGUGGGCCGCGCGCUCGACGCGCUCGCCUACAAGCUGCGCCGCCUGCAGCCUGCUGCGCUACUCACCGCCGCCUUCCGCAUCGACCUGCCCGAGCCCGCCGCGCUGCUCACCGCCGCCUUCCGCAUCGACCUGCCCGAGGUGAGGCGUAGGACUGACUCACAGGAGGCGGGGCCUGACAGUGGGCCGCUCGCCUACAAGCUGCGCCGCCUGCAGCCCGCCGCGCUGCUCACCGCCGCCUUCCGCAUCGACCUGCCCGAGGUGAGGCGGGGGACUGACUCACAGGAGGCGGGGCCUGACAGUGGGCCGCUCGCCUACAAGCUGCGCCGCCUGCAGCCUGCUGCGCUACUCACCGCCGCCUUCCGCAUCGACCUGCCCGAGGAUGAGAUCCAGCUGGUGGUGUCGGGCACGGCGGUGCGGCUGGCGGACGCGCGCGAGCCCGAGCGGCGGCUGGGCACCGGCGACGCCGAUGACGACAUCUUCGCGCUGGACGAGGAGCAACUGGCCAGGCCGCCGGUCGAGCCGGUGGACGAGAAGAUGGCCAAUGGACAGACGCCCACCACAGUAUCUCUGACGUCAGUGUGCACCAUAAGCGGCGCGCGCGCCGUUAGACGCGUGUGUGCGUUGCGGCUACUCUUCGUAAGAGAAACCACUACUGUGCGGGAGCUGGGAGGACUUAGCGGGUUUCUGCACACGUUUACUUGUGAGGUGCUAGCCAUAGCGCGAGCCUACACGGCGGCGCUGGGCGGGAACGCGCUCACCUCGUUCUACAUCACGCAGCUCAUGCUGCAAGACAACGCGCACAAAAACCAGGGUCAAUGUCUUCUAUCAGUGGGAGGCGACGUGGUGCAUAUUACGUACUAGGCAUAGCGAAAUAUUACAUAUCUGUAGUGAUGGCAACCGGCUGUACGCAAGCCAAAAUGCAUGCGCCUGAGCAUUUAAAGUGCAAUGAAAAUUGCACUUUAUGCCGACAUCUUUAGGACCGUAUUUGCUUGAGGCAAGUAGCAUUAGAUACGCGCAAUCUAAGGUGUGAUAUUAUCCAACCCAUUGCUAUCAUAAGUCGUAAAGAGAGACUGUUUAAACUGUGUAAGAAAACAAAUCGUCUGAAAUGUUCGCUUUUUCAUAUUUUAAUAUUUAAAGUUUUCAUAUUUGGUGUAUUAAAUAUCUUGGCCUGUUUAGCCAAUGAAGUACUUUAAAAAGAAAUCGUAUAAACAUCAUAAGAUUUCUGGUCAAAUCCAAAAGAUGUAUUUAUGUUAUAAUGUUUUUCCAAAAUUAUUAGAAAAUGAUUGUUGUAUAUUUGUAAGUUUUGUUUUAUGUAAUCAUUAAGUCAGAGACAAACUUGAUGGCAUAUCAAGCUGAACAUUAAGGCCGAGUUGCACCAUCUUACUUUAACUUUAACAAACGUCAAAAAUCUGUCAAACUAUACAAAAAACACUGUUUAUUGUUAUAGUCACCGUUGAAGUCAAUAGGUGCAACUCAGCCUAAUUCUUAUGUACUUAUAAUUAGAUGUUAUUUUGCAACGAAAAUGAU